AUGGCCGAAUCGUCCACUCAAUCAAAUUCAAAACGCCAGACACUCUCUCCCGGAAAAGAUACAGUGGUCGAUAGGAUCAGUAGUCUACCGGAAUCUCUUCUCUCCCACAUUCUCUCCUUCCUUCCAACCAAAGAGUCAGUCGCCACAAGCAUUUUGUCAACCAGGUGGAAGCUCCUUUGGACUCUCGUCCCAAAGCUAUUCCUCGACAGUGACAAGAUCAGCACUUCGGCGCUUUCGCUCGAUGAUGAUGAUGUUGAAGAUGCACGUGAGAUCAUGUUUGCACAUGUUGUGUCAAGUGUUUUGGCUAAACAAGAAUGUGGAGAGCUCCAAACUUUUCGCCUCAUAUGGCGAUUUUGGUGGGACGGUUCCCAUCUCGAGGCAUGGCUUCGCACUGCCGCUGCUCGUAAAGUAAAAGAAAUUAAUCUCGACAUUUUUACUGAUAGGGAGGAAAAUCUGAAUUUGCCUCUAAGCUUUUUCUCUUGCAGGACAUUAGUGGUUCUGAAAUUAACUGGUACUAUUGAUUAG